UCCUCCUCUGUUCCUGUGGAGUGGGCCUGGCUGACCCCCCUGCUCAAGGCUUUGUGAUACUUCUCCCGGCGGAGGGAGAGAGAGGCAGCGCUGACACACCGUGAGAGAGAGAGGGAGAGAGAGAGAGAGAGAGAGAGAGAGAGAGAGAGGUAGACCUGACACACACACAGAGAGGGAGCGAGAAGAGAACUAGAGGAGCAGGCAGUCGGGAUUCAAUUUGGAGUUGAGAGAGGAGUCACAGAGUGAGAAUUGAAGAAAGCAAGUCAGUCAGAGAGAGAGAGAGAGAGAGAGAGAGAGAGAGAGAGAGAGAGAGAGAAAGUGAUGAAUGCCCAGUCAGGGAAAGUAAGUACGUGACAGAGACAGAGAGGGAGUCAUAGAGAGAGGGACAGCACUGAGAGAGCUGAGAACCAGAGCAAAGUGCCAGACAGAGACAGAGACAGACAGAGAGAGAAGAGUGUGCGCUCCUUGGACGGUCAUGGAUUUGACAGACUGCUCACCAUGUGGAAUAGACUGCACUCAGCCCAGGACCACAGCUGCAGCCGGUGCUCUGCAGCACUAGACGCAACACUAGUAUCCCCGGGACCAGGACCUGCAGGACCUAUAGGACCCUAAGCACAAUCGGACCCCACCGACAACACCAAACCCCUCCAGCGCCCCGGUUAAGGCUUCCCAGCAUGCCGUCUGUGUCCCUCAGCCUGCCUCCGGCGCUGGUCGGACCGGCACGCACCUGGGUCUGCCUCUCGUGCAUGUUCUGGCCAGAGGAGCUGGAGGCGGUCCACUCCCACACCUUCAGGGUGAAGAGUUUCAAGAAGACCCGACCCUGCGGCGUCUGUCAGCAAACCAUCCUCCACGACGGACUCAUCUGCAGAGUGUGCCGGAUAUCGUGCCACAAGAAAUGUGAAGUGAAGGUGUCCUCGUCUUGUGUUCCCUCCACUAACUAUGAGCUGGCACCUAGCAGUGACCUCGCUCUCAAACAUGUAGACACCUUGGGCUCCACAAAGUCCUCCAAGAGCAUGGAGUCUCGACGCAGACCCUCCAGGACGGUGAGCCUCAUGCAGGCCCUGGAAGAGAACUACGAGGUGGACCUGGUCUACAUCACGGAGCGGAUCAUCUCCGUCUCCUUCCCCAGCUCGGUGGAGGAGCAGAGCUAUGCCGCCAACCUGCGCGAGGUGGCCACCAUGCUGCGCUCCAAACACGGAAACAACUACCUGCUCUUCAACCUCAGCGACAAACGUUAUGACAUUAACCAGCUCAACCCAAAGGUCCUGGACUUUGGCUGGCCGGACCACCACGCCCCAGCACUGGACAAGAUCUGCAGCAUCUGCAAGGCCAUGGACACCUGGCUUAGCGCAGACAGCCACAACGUGGUGGUCAUACACAACAAGGGCAAUCGAGGCAGGACCGGGGUGGUGGUGGCAGCAUACAUGCACUACAGCAACAUAUCCGCCAGUGCGGACCAAGCUCUGGACCGGUUUGCUAUGAAGAGGUUCUAUGAAGACAAAGUACUCCCUGUCGGCCAGCCGUCACAGAAAAGGUAUGUGCAGUACUUCAGCGGCCUGCUCUCGGGUAACAUCAAAAUCAACAACAAGCCGCUGUUUCUUCACCACGUCAUCAUGCACGGCAUCCCCAACUUUGAGUCGCAAGGAGGUUGUCGUCCUUUCCUCAAAAUAUACCAGGCCAUGCAGCCCGUCUACACAUCUGGAAUAUAUAAUGUUCAAGGGGACAGCCAGACCAGCAUCUGCAUCACUAUUGAGCCGGGACUGCUUCUCAAGGGAGACAUACUGCUGAAGUGCUACCACAAGAGGUACCGCAGCCCGUCCCGCGACGUGGUAUUCCGGGUUCAGUUCCACACAUGCGCCGUCCACGACCUGGGCAUCGUGUUCGGGAAGGAGGAGCUCGACGAGACCUUCAAAGAUGACAGGUUUCCAGAAUAUGGCAAAGUGGAGUUUGUCUUCUCGUUUGGGCCGGAAAAGAUCCAUGGUCAAGGUAUGGAUCGCCUGGAGAAUGGCCCAAGUGUCUCCGUGGACUACAAUACCCAGGAUCCUCUGAUCCGCUGGGACUCCUACGAAAACUUUAAUCAGCACUGUGAGGACAACGCAGAGGAAGUCAUCCACACAGAAGGUCCUUUGGACGGUAGUUUGUACGCCAAGGUCCGCAAGAAGGAGUCUGCCGAGGGUUCGGUGACGGCUAACGGCCUGCCGCCCACCGCCGUCGACCACGCCCUACCCGCCGUCGACCACGCCCUCUCGGUGAGCAGCGACUCGGGAAACUCCACCGCCUCCAUCAAGACCGACCGGACGGAUGAAGCCGCACUAGCGGCCCCGCCCACUGCCCCUCUGAGCCAGACGAACCCGCCCUUCGUCGCAGAGGAGCAGCGCCAGGUCCCGGCAGCGACCCAGCAACCCCUCAGCCUCCAGGAGAAGCAGGAGCUGGACCAGCUGCUGAGCGGGCUGGAGGGCCCCCUGCGCCGGCAGGGCUACCUGACCGCGCCCCCCGCCCAGGCCGCGGGCAGGAUGCUGCACCUGGUGCCCGCCCAGGUGCACGUCAACGGCCACCACAACGCCCUCACCUCAGCAUCCAGCCCGACCACCAAUGCCACCGCCGCCGCUGCAACCGCCAACAGCAGCGGCAACAACACCAUGGACCGCGAGACGGACAUCCUGGACGACGAGCUCCCCACCAGCCAGGAGGGGAACAGCGUGGACAGCCUGGGGACCUUCUCCUCCACCGAGGGCCGGGCCACACCCGCCGACCUCUACUACCAGUCGGAGGUGAUCGUGACCAACGGGCAGGACCACGUGCCCUACCUGGAGCGCAGCGUGCCCGAGAGGCCCCUGGAGUCCCCCAGCGUCCACUACGGGAAAGCCGGCGGCAUGACGCAGAGCGAGUCGGUGCCGACCUCCGGCGAGUACCCCAUGGGUCUGAACGGCGGCCUGUACCGCACGCAGUCCUGUGGCGGGGAGCUGAAGUCCAUGCCCAGAGCCCCCACCCGGACCACCAGCAGCAAGGACGCGGUCCAGCGGGGCCUCAACGUGUGGCAGAGGUUCGGCGUGCCAGAGGAGCCCAUGACGGAGGGCCUCAGCUUCAGCCCGCCAAAGGCCUCCACGGCCGGCCAGAGCAGCCUGUCCCAGUUCCCCCAGCGCCGCAGCACCUCGCAGCAGGAGAUCGAGCAGUCCAUCGAGACCCUCAACCUUCUCAUGCUGGACCUGGACCCGGGCCGCCCUGCGGUGCCAAAGUCCCAGAGCGCCCCGCUGAGGGAGGCCAGCGUGGUCACCACCCAGCCCUCCUUCUCCCAGAGCCAGGCCCGGCCCUCCUACCAGGCCGACGCCGCCAUCCACGCCAACCAUCCCGCCCACUCCGCCCACUCCGCCGGCCCCGUGUCCGACAUGAGCCGCCACUUCGCCUCCCCGCCGGGCUCGUCCCACGGCCCCGGGUUCCAGGGCUACGCGACCCUUCCCAACGGGACGGGGCUACAGCCGCAGGCCUCCGGCGGUGGAGUGGGGCAUUUCCAGCUGAAGCCCAUCAACAACUACCCUCCCAGCACCAUGGCCCUGGCCACGGAGGCCCCGGAGAUGGAGAGGAGCCCCAGCGCAGCCUCUGCGUCAUCCCAGCCCAGAGAGGCGGAUUCGGAUGAGGUGUUCAAUGUAGAGGGCCUGGUGGCCCAGCGGGUGGCUGAGUACUCGGCUCGGGCACAAAGUGUCCGAAAGAUUUCCCUUCAGUCUGACCACCAACGUUCCCAGUCUCCCUCUGGUGUCCAGUCUCGGGGGAUUUCGUUUGAGGACCCCACCGCCCCGUCGCCGCGCCACCGGGUGCCCAGCGACGGAGGGCAGUUCCAGAACGUUCCGGACGGCAGCGUUGACGCCACCUGCCCUGACGGACCCCUUCGCUCGCCCAUCCGCUGCGUCUCGCCAGAGUUUGUUAACGCCAUCGCUUUGAACCCCGGCGGGAGACCCAAGGAGAGGCACAUCCACAGCUACCGGGAGGCCUUCGAGGAGCUGGAGGCGGGGGGGCCCGUGAGCCCCUCCCCCCUUGCUGGUGGUGAGGUCUUCCCCCAAACCCCUGCAUUCCCUGUGUCGCCGCAAACCCCUUACUUCAACCUGUGUCGCUCGCCCCCUGGUCUCGCCAAGACCCCGCUGUCCGCACUGGGGCUCAAACCACACAACCCGGCUGAGAUCCUGCUCAACCAAACCGGCUCAGCCCCGAGAAGUUACGUGGAGUCUGUGGCCCGUUCAGCGUCCUCCUCCGGAGACCCCCCAGGUCCCAGCUCCCCCCAGGGUCUCUGCCCACUGGGAGAGGCUGUGCUGGGCAGCCAGAGGACCCCCAGCCCGCUGUCCACCCAGGCCCUCAACACCCCUCUGUCCAGCAGUAGCCCCAUCCAGAUCCCCAGUGAUCAUCCGUUGAUGGACAGCUCCAGCAGCCUUCCCUUCCAGCCCACUACUGACUCGGGCUACCACUCCCAGCCAAUGGAGAGCCUCCGUCCCACCCCUAGUUCCUCCUACCAGGCUAUGCCCACCCCCCAAUACCAAGCCACGCCCACUUCCCAAUACCAAGGUACGCCCACUUCCCAAUUCCAAGCCACGCCCACUUCCCAAUACCAAGUCACGCCCACUUCCCAAUACCAAGCCACGCCCACUUCCCAAUACCAAGGCACGCCCACUUCCCAAUACCAAGGCACGCCCACUUCCCAAUACCAAGUCACGCCCACUUCCCCUUACCAGGCUAUGCCCAGCUCUUACCAGCCAACGCCCACACCCUGCUACCAGGUCACCACCACCCCCUCCUACCAACCCAUGCCCCCCUCCUCCUGCUACCAGGGCACUCCCACCCCCGCCUCCUACCUGGACUCCAGCACCCCGCCCUCCUCCUCUUACCUGGUUGGCCCCGCCCCCACCCUCUCCUACCUCGGCCACCCCAGCAGCCACCUGGUCGGGGGAGGCUAUGUCUUGUCGGACCCCGGUCCCCCCUCCCAGGACCCGAUGCAGGCCCUCCUCCACGGGGGCCACGCCCCGGCCCCUCAUCCCACGCUGUAUUCCCCGGGCUCUGCCCACCAGCAGCACGGCCCCUCCUCCUCCGCCCUGGCCGCCGCCGCCCAGGGCAGCCCCCACCUGGGUCGGCAACCGUUGCCGUGCAGUGGCUUCGAGGCCCCAGGGCUCCAAGGGCCCCUGGGUCCGGGGGGGGGCAGUCCCGUCCUUGCCCGGCGCCCGUCCCAGGGCGGCCAGAGCAGCCCGGUGCUGAUCCGCCAGAGCUCUCUGGGGCCGGGCUCCCAGAGGAGCCCCGUUCUGAGCCGCCAGCCAGGCGCCGCCGCCGCCCACCAGGGCAGUCCCGUCCUGCCCCGCCACGCCUCGGCCUCGCAGGCCUCCCAGCGGAGCCCCAGCCUGGACCGCCACCCGCUGCACAGCGGCUACACCACGCCCGACGAGCGGCACGGCAACCUGUCCCGGCAGAGCAGCUCCUCGGGCUACCAGGGCCCCCCCACGCCCUCCUUCCCCGUGUCCCCCGCCGGCUACCUGGACGGGGGCGCCCUGGGGGGCUUCCGGCAGGGCAGCCCCGCGCCGGGCUUCCAGCCCCAGCUGCCCGAGAAGAGGCGCAUGUCCAGUGGGGAGCGGCCGGCCAACGGAGCACUGUCGUACGGCACGCUCAACGGCAAGAUGUCCUCCUCGUCUUCCUCGCCGCUGUCCGGCGGAGGGGGAACGCCCGGAUACUUCCACACCCUGCCCGACUUCUCCAAGUUCAACAUGCCUGACGGGAGUCCUGAGUCUCGGCUGAACGUCAAGUUCGUACAGGACACGUCCAAGUUUUGGUACAAGCCGGAGAUAUCCAGAGAACAAGCCAUCUGCCUGCUGAAGGAGAGGGAGCCGGGGGCCUUCGUGAUCCGGGACAGCCACUCCUUCCGGGGAGCCUACGGUCUGGCCAUGAAAGUGGCCUCCCCCCCGCCCACCGUGCAGCCCACCAAGAAAGCAGGUGACAUCACCAAUGAGCUGGUGAGACACUUCCUGAUAGAGAGCAGCCCCAAAGGAGUGAAGCUGAAGGGAUGUCCCAAUGAACCCUUCUUUGGCUGUCUGUCUGCGCUGGUUUACCAACAUGCCAUCACACCCCUGGCCCUGCCAUGCAAGCUGCUGAUCCCCACCACAGAUCUCAAUGAGGAGGCGCCGGUGGUUCCCGUGGCGACAAACCCACUAGCCGAGCGACUAAAACAAGGAGCAGUUCCUUCAGUGCAGAGGGUCCCUGAUGAUUCCCAUGCAUGCAAUGUGCUCUACAUCAACUCAGUAGACAUGGAGUCUCUGACAGGCCCUCAGGCCGUUGCCAAGGCGAUAUCCGAGACACUGGCUGCUGGGACGCCCCCUACCGCAACAGUGGUGCACUUCAAGGUGUCGGCGCAAGGCAUCACUCUGACCGACAACCAGAGGAAGCUAUUCUUCCGACGUCACUACCCGACCAACAGCGUGACAUUCUGUGACAUCGACCCACAGGACAGAAAGUGGAACAAAUCGGAAGGAGGCACAGCAAAGCUCUUCGGCUUUGUGGCCAGGAAGCAGGGCAGCACGACGGACAACGUCAGCCACCUCUUCGCCGAGAUGGACCCGGAGCAGCCCGCCAACGCCAUCGUCAACUUCGUGCUGAAGAUGAUCGCCGCGCAGAAGCGAUGAGGGCGGCGAGAAAAAAAAACCCUGGCGCCUUUUUCUUUCACCCUUUGGUUGUUUUGGUUCUCAUCGUUCUUCAAAAAGUUUCAAAGAACACUUCUGUUUGAAUUUGGACUUUCUGGACCUUUCAAUGUUUGUUUAUGUCUGCUUUCUUUCCUUUUUUCCCUUUUUUUUCCCUUUCUUUCUUUUGUGUUAUGUUAAGGCUGAUGUGUGAGUCUGUGCACGUGGACAUGAUUGUGUGUUGAGCACAGUGUGUGCUUGACUGUUGAGCAGACAAUAAGAGGUGUGUUUUGUUUCUUCGUUCUAUCGAGAACCUCAACAGGUUGUGUCUGUGUGUGUGUUUGCGCGUGUGUGAGUGUCUGUGCGCGUUUGUCCGUGUGCUUUUCUUCUUGAGUGGACCUCAGAAUGGAACAGAGGAAGUGCAGAAUGGGGGCGUGGCUGAAAGUAAGGGGUUGGGGGGGGACUGUUCUGUCCUCCUGUUGCCGGGGGCGAUACACGAUCAGGAAGAGGAAAUGACAUCACGUGAGCAGAUGUUUUGUGGCGAUUGUUUUAGGGAGAUACAUUUUUUUGUUUUGUUAGGUUUUUGGGUAAAGAAUAUGACAAGUUGCGUGAUGUAAGGGUGGUUUCCUAAUCUAUCAGGCUUUCGACUGGUCAACCAAAGAUUAAAAAGAAAAAGAAACCAGGUUGAAUAUAGUGUUCCACUGUUCGAGGGUUGGAAAACAUCCUUUUGUAUAAAAAAUGACAAAAUAUGGCUGCUUAAUCAAAUUUACUGAACUGUUUAUUUUUGUCUGUGUAGCGAUACAGUAGGUCAACCUAGUUUGAAAAGAAGAAGAAAAAAAAGAAAAAUAUGCACCUUUGCCUCCUGCAAACAUGUUUAAGGACGCUUUUGCAUAAGGCAAGGUCAUGUACAUAUUCUCGACAGCUUUCCCAGUAGUUCUGUAUUAGAUGCCUUAUGGUGCCUGACCUUUUUUUUU